UAAAAACAAUAAGCUCAUGCCAAGUCCAGGGCACUUAAUUUAGCCAUAUAAGCAAGUGUGUAGCUUCCAGUCCGGGGUGACAGAGGCGACAGUCAAAGAUGAUUGCUUAUGUUUUGGCUAUUUAAUAUAUUAAUAUUUACAUAUUUUUUCGGACAAAUCAAACCAAGCCUAGUUCAGUUUUGCAUUGACAGUUGUCUUAAAAGGGAAACGGUUUUCUUUUUUUUCUUCAAGGCAACAGACAUCUGCUCCAAGCACAGGUGGCACCGUCAUGUCCACCGGCUCAAUAGCAAGUGAUGCUGAGGAUUUUAGCCCGUGUCAGAGAAGGACCACGCGGGGAACCGACUAUCACAACUCUCACCGCUGCACUGAAGACGACGAGGAGGAGUUCGACGAUCGAGUCCACGGGAAGGCCAAACCACAACCGACCACGGCGCAGCUUUCCAACGCACCCCAGAGAGAGAGUCGCCAGUGUCAGAGGAACGCAGCCAACGCCAGGGAAAGAGCGCGGAUGCGGGUGCUGAGCAAAGGGUUCUCCAGACUCAAGACCACCCUACCGUGGGUGCCGGCUGACACCAAGCUGUCCAAGCUGGACACGCUGAGGCUGGCGUCCAGCUACAUCUCCCAUCUCCGACAGCUGCUGCAGGACGAGCGCUUUGAGCGCAGCUUCGUGCAUCCCGUCAACCUGACUUGGCCCUUCGUGAUGUCAGGGCGCUUAGAAGAGAAGGAAGACAACAUCAUGACUUCAGCUGGCCGGACACUCUGUGGAGCUUCAGCAUAG